AUGCACAAAAGCCAAAUCACGCAGAGUCUGCAGGGGCCCCUGAGGGGCCCCCUGUUGGACUUGGGGGGCCCCCCCGCGGCAGCUGCGGAGUUGGGGGAAGAAGAAAGGGAAAUGAAAGAAGCAGCAAAGGCAAUUAAGGAAGAAAUAAGAGAAAAAGAGACAACAGAAACAAUGGAAGAAGACGAGAAACUCUGGGAAGAACUUUGGGAAGAAGGCUUUCGAGAAAUCAGCGAAAACAGCAGCAGCUGA